GAGAGAGAGGGGGGGAGCCUCGUCUCCGGCAGGAGUCCUUUCCUCCGGUACCACCAUAGGGAUGCUCUCCUCCUCGUGUUCCGGGCGAUCUAGUAAAUGGGCCGCUCAGGAUGUGAAGCGUCGCUAGAAGAAGCAGGAGGAUGGCUCGACCCGGUUCGUCUGCGGCGGUGCUGCUGGUCCUGAUGGGCUUCCUCUCCUCCGUUGAUGCGGACUCUCUGCUGUCAGCUCCACUCAAUGUGACCAUCCGAGAGCUCGAGGUCAACUCCGCAGUGGUGACGUGGGAAAUCCUCGAGGGAGACCCCGUCAUUGGAUUCGCCAUCACCCAACAGAAGAAGGACGUGCGCAUGCUGAGGUUCAUCCAGGAGGUGAACACCACAACGCGUUCCUGUGCGUUGUGGGAUCUGGAUGAGGACACCGAGUACAUCGUCCACGUGCAGAGCAUCAGCAUGGUGGGCAGCAGCCCCCCGAGUCAGCCGGUGCUCUUCAGAACACCCAAAGAGUCCGAAAAGAUGGCGUCCAAGAGUCCCGACGAGGUGAUGAUGGAGGAGUAUGGAGCGGCUGCCCAGCUGAGGGCCGGAGAACUCAUCAUCAUUGUUGUGGUGCUCGUCAUGUGGGCAGGAGUGAUCGCCUUGUUUUGCCGCCAGUAUGACAUCAUCAAAGACAAUGAGCCCAACAACAACAAGGACAAAGCCAAGAACUCCUCAGAGUGCAGUACUCCUGAACACCCACAGGGGGGGCUACUGCGCAGCAACGUCUAAGAACAACCCUGCAUCGCCUUCUGCAAUAACUAACCUAAGACCUCAGGACAGAGCCUGAGACCAACAGAAAGCCAUCCACUGAAAAAAAUACUGGUGAAGAGAUGAACCGUUAGAGAAAUCCUCAACACAUUGGACAACUGCAAACACAGCGUGGACAACCCUGAACUUGUAAAAUCAAAGGCUACGAAACAGUCCAACAGGAAAUGGCAGAUGAUGAAACUGCGUUCUCUUUUUAUUUCAACCAAAACUGGAAUGUAGCCUUCUUAACAGACACUGUAGAGACGAGACAUAAAACGGCUGCCCAUCAGUUUCUUCUCGAUGGGAAUGGCUUGAUUCAUGCAGUUUAUUUAUGCUUCCUUGUGGCAUGAAAUCCCAGGAGUUGAUCUUGCAACAUGAAUGUCAACUCCACAUCUGGAUGGCUGACCAGAGACGGCGGGAACUUGGGCAGCCACGCGAAACUAGCUGGUCCAGGAGUUGCUCACCACACAACAAAACAAGCGGAGCUCUGUUUUAAACCAGGACUUUCUCCUUUUCUACUGGUUCAUCCUCAUUACUUUGCUCUUUCUUUAUUACAGCCCUCUGUGUAGCAGCUCACCCCCCCCCCCCCCGUCUCUCUGUGCCGGUGUCUCUAUAAGCACAUUGUUGUUUGGUGCUCCUCCUCCUGUGAUUGUAUUGCACAAUGACUUUUGUCUUCUGCUGUUCUCUCUCUCUCUCUUUGUCUCACGUUAAACAAUGCUUCUGGUUUUCUCUUGCCUGAUUUUAAUGUUAAACUCUUAUCAGUUCAGGGAUAAAACCGGGCGUGCUGCUCUAAAGCCACCCAUAGCUUGUGGGGGUGAUGAUAAUUGGUCGCAGGUAGGCUCCGUGCAGACUGACCAGCAGUGUCAUCCAAACUUCCAGCGUUCACAUCUCAACGGUAACCAUAAUCAUGAGAACCAGCUUUUGAAAGAAUGGCACGGCAAGAUUUAGGAUCCCAUUGGCCCACUGUGUUUUUCACAGCGUAUUAUACUCCAUUAUUGCUCUGGGACAGGAUGCACAGGGAAUGUGGAGCAUCUUUCUCGGUGCAGCAUACUGUAUACAGCAGGCAGAAUUUGGCUGGCCUCCAUUUGUUGUUUGGCUGAAGGCCGACAGGAAAGGAUUAUUAACUGUUUCUGUUGAGAAAAAAAAGCUAUAAAAACACUGAAACCAGAAAUAUAUCCUCUCAACAAGUAUGGUCAAGCCAAGGUGGGAAGAAAAACGGCGUGAAUCCCUUUGAAGUAACUGGUCACACACACAGUGCGUGGAAGCCAAUAAUGCAUUUAAAAGAUAAAGAAAAAAAGGUUAUGUCUUUAUUGAACACGCCCAUUAAAGAUUGACCGCGUUGGAGGAGAAAGUAGUUGAGUAUGUAGUUUGCAGAGCUCGAAUCCAAUGAAUGACAUGGGUGGAGGUUUAGAGCUAUCUUGACUAAUAAAAGACACUUGAAUAUUUUAAGUUUGCUGUUAUUGAGGCCUCGCUGAAAGUAGUCUUAUGCAAAGUAACCUCUGUUUUGGCGUCCAUCCGUUAUA